CAGAAAUCCAUGUUUGUAUUCUAAUGUCAAAAAUGCCUAAAGCGGUUUAGUUGGUUAUCCAUAAAAUUUUGUAAAAACACUAUCAGAUUCUAAAGGGUUGUUUUCUCCUCUGGAAAAAAUCGAAGGAGAUCGAUCAUGAUCUUGGUAUACAGAAACUGUUUCUGUAAAAAAACCAAAACCUUAACCGUAUUGUAACUUUCUUUUUUCUUCAGUAUCCUGUUUCCUGACAGAGAGUCAAUCGAGAUGGAGAAGGAAAUGGAAUACAGUGGUUAUUCAGCAUCGUGUGAGCAAUCUAAGAUUGACAUGGAUAAGGGAUAUGAAAGUUUUUCAACAUCUGCUGUUCAUCAACAAUCUAAAAUUGCGAAGGAAAUGGAGUUCUAUUCUUUCUCUACAUCUCAAUUCUCUGAGAAGGAGAAUGGGAUGGCAAGUUUUUAUUCAGAUGAUGAUCCCAGUUAUGAAGUGGAAGUGAAAACAAGGAAAAAGGGUGGCAUCAUAACCAUCCCAUUCAUCUUAGCAAACGAGGCAUUUGAGAAGACGGCAAGUUAUGGGCUGUUGCCGAAUAUGAUACUGUAUCUGAUCAAAGGAUAUCACAUGAGUUUUGCAGAGGGAAACAGAAUGCUCUUCUUGUGGUCUGCUGCUACGAAUUUCUUGCCAAUUGUGGGAGCUUUUCUUGCUGAUUCUUACUUGGGUCGUUUUCUCACCAUUAGCUUGGGUUGUUUCUUCAGUCUUAUGGGGAUGAUACUACUGUGGCUAACUGCCAUGAUUCCAAAAGUAAAGCCUCCACCUUGUGCUUCAAUUCGUCAAUGCAAAUCAGCAACAACAGGCCAAUAUUUCUUCUUGAUCUCCUCUUUCGCCGUCAUGUCGAUUGGUGCCGGCGGGGUCAGAUCAUCUUCUUUGGCAUUUGGUGCUGAUCAGGUGGACGACAAAAACAACCCUAAUAAUGAAAGAGUCCUGGAAAGCUAUUUUGGUUGGUAUUAUGCAGCCACAGCAUUUUCUGUACUGCUUGCUUUCACUGCAAUUGUUUACAUCCAAGAUCACUUUGGGUUCAGAGUUGGAUUUGGAAUUCCUGUCAUCUUAAUGUUCCUCUCUGCUUUGCUCUUCUUUCUGGCUGCACCUUUGUACAUCAAACAUCGAGCAAAUGAGAGCUUAUUCACUGGUUUAGCACAAGUAAUUGUUGCUGCUUAUAAGAACAGAAAACUGGCUUUCCCUCCUCCUGAAUCAGGCUGGUAUCAUCAUGAAAAGGGCUCUCAAUACACCUUACCAACUGAUAAACUAAGGUUCCUGAAUAAAGCCUGUAUCAUAAGAAGCAUAGAAGAUGUUACAUCAUUUGGAGUUGCUACUAAUCCAUGGAGGCUUUGCACUGUUAAGCAAGUUGAAGAACUCAAAGCACUCAUCAAAGUGAUCCCAUUGUGGUCUACAGGAAUCAUGAUGUCCAUAAACACAAGCCAAAGUACUGUUUCUUUAAUACAAGCAAACACAAUGGAUAGGCACAUCAUUUCCAGCUUCCAAAUCCCACCAGGCUCAAUCUCCAUGUUUCUCAUCUUAACAGUCACUAUUUGGGUCCUUUUAUAUGAUCGGGCAAUCUUACCAUUAGCCUCAAAGAUCAGAGGAAAACCAGUGAAAUUCGGCACUAAAUCCCGGAUGGGAGCCGGGCUUUUCUUCUCAGCAUUGGCAAUGACAGUAGCCGGAUUCGUGGAACACAUUCGACGACAAAAAGCAAUCGAUCAGGGCUUAGUGAAUAACCCCAAAGCAUUGGUAGGCAUGUCAGCAAUGUGGCUAGUGCCACAAUUUAUUAUUGCAGGCUUAGCAGAAGCUCUCAAUGCAAUAGGCCAAAUAGAAUUCUAUUACUCAGAGUUUCCAAAGUCCUUGGCAAGCGUUUCGUCGUCUCUCUUUGGAGUUGGAAUGGGAGCAGCAAACUUGCUUGCAACAGUUAUACUCAGUGCAGUUGAAAAAUACACCAAAAAAGACGGUGGAGAAAGUUGGGUGGCAAGCAAUGUGAACAAGGGUCAUUAUGAUUAUUACUAUUGGCUACUUGGGAUCAUGAGUUUUGUGAAUCUGUUCUACUUCUUUAUAUGUAGCUGGGCUUAUGGACCUUGUGGUGAAGAUAUGAAGAAGGAUGAUGAGAUUGAAGGGGUGGAAGGAGAAGGAAGAAGCAUAUUGAGAACACCAGGGACACCAAUUAGGCCUGGCACACCUUUAAGAGUUAUGGCAGCUUAAUAUUGAAGUUCUCAAGGGUCGGUCUGUUUAUUUAUUCUGCUUCAUUAUCAUUAGAAUAAAAUUACGAGAAUUAAGUUACUGCAUUGACGUAUAUGCGAAGUUACAAAAAAUCCUAAAAGAAAAAGCCUUUGUUUAUCAGCUUUGAAGGUUC